CCUGUAAUAAUAUAGAAGAAGUUUCGAGAAACUCGUAUUAUUAUCGACAUAACAAGAAGUUUCCAGCAACCAAAUGGAAUUUGUGCUUGACGAUAUUAUUCAUUAUUUCGACGCAGUGAUGUGUUCUGAAUGACAAAACAAACAGUAGAGAAUUAGGCGACAAUUUUAACCAUCGAUGUACGUAUCGUCUUACAGUUUGGAUAAAUUCGGUUUGAAUACAAUAAAAAAAAUUUGUUAUCCUGAAACAGAAUUAAUGAGAGUGCGAACAAACGACAGAAAAAAAAAUGAAAACAAAAUAUUUCAUUAUUGAAUGAAAUAACUAAAAAAUCGAAAUUUCAAAAAAUUUAGUAUUUUCAGUCAAAAAUUUCGUUAAUCACAGAUUAAAUAAUGUGGGUGUUUGGAUAUGGUUCGCUCAUAUGGAAAGCUGACUUUCCUUAUGAGAAAAAACUUGUUGGCUACAUCAAAGGUUACGUGAGACGAUUUUAUCAGAAGAGCACAGAUCAUAGAGGAACACCAACGAAGCCUGGUCGUGUGGUGACUUUGUUGGAAUCUACAAAUUCGGAGGACCAAGUUUGGGGUCUAGCAUACAAAAUAGCUUCUGAGGACAUAGAUAAUGUAGUGAAUUAUUUGGACUUCAGAGAAAAGGGUGGUUACACCCGAAAAACAGUCCUUUUUUAUACGUGUAAUCCUGUAUUCACAAUUGACUCCAAAACGCCGAAUAGUCAAUUUUCCACCAAUAGUUUAAGGAACGAAAACCUUUUUACGCCAGUGCUGCCAACAGCAUCGGAGGAAAUGUCAUUUUAUUUAACCAUCUACAUAGGCAACGAAGAUAAUCCAAAUUUUGCAGGGAUUGAAAAUGUAGAAACCAUUGCAAGGCACAUUAGUGAAGCAAAAGGACCCAGCGGCACCAACAUUGAAUAUCUUUACAAAUUGGCAGCUGCUACAAGAAUCAUAGCACCAGGUAUACAAGACGAACACUUGGCUGCUCUUGAAAAGGCUGUGAAAUUGCUUGAACUGCAAAAAGAAAAAGAAGUUUUGUCCAUAAGCGACUAAUACACAUGAUGGAAUGGAAAUUUGUCGAGAUGAACUGUCAGUUGUAUCAAUAAAGAAACCUCUCCUUAAAGAUUUUGAGAUAAGUGUUUCGCUCAUUAAUUAUAUUGUUUGAAAUAUUAGCAUUUAGGGCAUCUACUUAAACAUGAAAAUAUUUCAGUUCUGUGAAAUGUAAGAGCUAUUGAUUUGCUUAAAAAAUGGAACUGCAUGUCAUGACAAAUUGUCAAAAUACAAAAUGUUUCGUGCAA